AUGGUAUAUCAUUUGAACCUGGCUGCGAAUGAACAGAAGGAGAAAAUUACAGAAAAAAAUAUUCUUUCAAUGACGGCAAAGGAAAACCAUAAGGCACAAGAAGAAGUGAGCAGGCUGAUUGAUGAAUUACAGACAGCUAUCAAAACCAACAGAGGUCAUCUCUCUAAACUUGGCCCCCAAUUACAGGCUGAGCAGGAGCAAUUCUCCUCUUAUGUCUACCAACACAUUAAAAGGCUUCCAGCAAACACUCUGAUCCCAGGAGACCUACAGCUCAAGGUAUUUGAAAAUGGUAAAAACAGUGGAGAGAUCUCUGUUUGUAUCAGUAAAAAGGAUUUGAAGUCUAAUAGCCCAGCUCAAACUGGCGAUAUGAUGGAAAGAUUACUUUUCCAGAUUCAUCAAAGGCUUCAAGGUUCUUCCAUCAAUCCACCAGGCCUCAGUAUUUCUUCAAUCCGGCUUUUUGAUGAGCAUGGUCAAGAAAUUAAGAAUCCACUUUUGCUGAAGAGUGAGCAAAAAAUUUGGGUCUCUUAUGGUAAAGCAUACAGAUCUCCUCUCAAUCCUGUUUUGUGUUUGACCUUUGACCAAGUGACUGCAUUUGCCAGAGGUGGCAUCAUAGUUGCAUAUAAGACCUUUUUGGAUGCUAAUACUGUUCUGCUACGUGGAUGUGACAAUUGGGAAGUUUGUGAGGGAUUUCCAACUAAUUUUAACUGCACCAAUCAGCAGAUACCCGAGCAGUUUGAAAAGGUGAACUUGGAGAAUCAUUUCCUACAAAACAAGGUGGAUCCCAAUAUUGUCCUUCAUGCCUCUGUUUCCAUUGGAAAGCGGAAUUUCUCAAAUAGUGGAACAAGCAGUGGGAGUCAGAUAGCGCUUUUGACCCCAUGGCCUGCAACCAGCGUGUGGUUGAUCACAAAGACUGGAGUGAUCCUGAGCCGAGCGAUAACUCAGGGCUGCCUAGCUAUUGGUCAUCCAAUCAGAGUCAAGGCUGCUGAGGGAACAUCACUAGAAGGAUAUAAAUUAAUCCUACAGAAAAGACAUAAAGGAGAUGAAUCCCAGAAGUGGGUGUUUGGAACUGAUGGCUGCAUUUAUUCUAAGGCUUAUCCUCAGUUUGUUCUGACUUACCUAGAGGAGCUAAAUGCACAAGUGGAUGUGACCCAGACAGAGUAUCACAUUCACCACGGCGCCUGGACCACUGAUCAUCAGGAAUGUGGCAGAAACUUAGCAGAAGAGGUUCUGCAAAAGAGUGCCAGCAACUCUGUUUUGAAGCAACUGCCAGAGCCCUCAGACACCCAUUUAAUGCCAGAAGGUUCUCUUGAGGAGGCAGGACAGCUGACAGUGGCACUAGUGAGGAAACUGGAAGAGAAACAUCCUAAGGCUUCUUCUCAGAGGUGGGCCAUAAAACAUGAAGGAACCAGUAAGCCAGACCAGUGGAAACAUUCCAGAGUUGAAAAUCCUCUAUGGAACAAGCUUACCUACAUGUGGCCAGUCCUUCCCAGUGGCCAACUAAAUGAGGAGUUUGAUUGGCCAAUUGAAGGACUGCUUGUUCCAAACAGUCCCCCCAUGAAAAAACCCAUCUGUAAGACACCAGAGCAAUAUGUCCCUGUGAGACUCAGAGUUCUGCGGAAUGGAGACAAGAAUAAAAACAGAUCCCUUACUGUACUCAGUCCAGACAUUUCACCAGGAUGGAAGUCACAAUGCACUGAAAUUUUAAAUUUACCUUCUGCAGCUCGGAGAUUGUUCAAUGAAAAGGGGAAGGAAAUAUUUACCCUAAAACGCCUGCAAAGAGAUGAACUGGUGUAUGUUUCUUGCGGAGAACAUUGGAUCAAUCCUGACCUGUCCACUGCCCAGCAAAAGAAACACGUCUUCCUGAGGAACCUUGCAUCAGAUAUUUCCAAAAUUCGAACCUUCUGCAGCACACAUAAGAUAGAAGCUCUUGUUUUAGAAGUCCGGAGUGACAUUGUGUCUGGAGGCAAGCUUACUGUGCAGAAACCUAUGGCAAUUUUUGGAGAAGAGAAACAAGUUAUAGAAGAAGAAGAAAAGCAAAUGCCAAAAGAUGCUUUAAUAACAGAAAAUGCUUCCAGCGAAAUUCUAGAUUCACAUGCAAGAGCCCAUCUCCGAAUGAAGGCUUGUCACACACAUCUCAGGUAUGCGUGGCAGGAACCUUUGCAUGACUUUGAUGAGGAUGACAGUCUUCCAAAUAAAAUGGAAAGAGAGCUCUUUGAAAAUGUGCAACCACAGAAGAAACGCAGCCAUUCACCAACGCAUGGUAAAUUGCAGAAGCUUUGCCGUCAGCAGUUUGAAUACAAAGACGGACAAAUUAUAAGCUGCGCUUUUCCUCAGCUGGUCUUAGGGAUACAAGGUCCCAGCCUCCGGACAGGCAUGGAAGUGGUUUUAGUGGAGAAGAAAUCUGAUGGUAGUCAUCAACUCUGGGUACAUAAGAAAGACAGCAGGACCUUUCACCUGGUGAGUAACCCUGAUCUUGUGCUGGCAGUGUCUAUGACCAAGGCUAGAAAUGAAGACUGUGGCUAUCCAGUUAUUAUUCAGAAAUAUAACCCAUGUAACAAUGGGACUGCCAACCAAAAAUGGCAUUACAUGGAAAACAUGAAAGCAUUUGUGGCCUUUCAUAGCACUGCCUUGAAUAGGGAAGUUACCUCAGCAAAUUAUGCUGGUGUUUGUACAUCAUCUGUGAUUAAAGAAGAGAACAUUGACCAACCAGGAUACUAUUAUCUCUCACCUAGUGGGAAGAGAAAAAUGACGCUCUGCUUGGCUUGUGGACGAGCCAGAAGAGCAGAGAAGGGGCUAAAACCAUUGCCUCCGGGGGUUCCAUUCUUUUGUGCUUCCAGCUCCAAGGCUCAGAAGCCCUUCUCACGAGGGCCAUUCAAGGUCAUCAGUGUGGCUGAGGCUGACUUAUCAUCUGAUGCGGCUGAGAAAACUCUAAGUUAUUAUGAAGCACGUCUAUCAUCUUUACGGAUGGAGACCUGCGUGCAAGCUGCGUCUCACAGGGGCACGGCAGCCAUACACCAGAAGGCAGUGAAAAUAAUUGCAUACAAAAACGGGGAUGGAUAUCAUAAUGGGAAGCUAAUUGUGGCUGGAACAUUCCCCCUGCUUCUUACAGAAUGCACAGAAAAACUGGAGCUUGCCCGAGCAGCCUCUAAAGUGUAUACCAAAGAUGGAACUGCAAUUUUUACCUUGCGUGAUUUGGUUUUAUGGGCUCUAGAUGAAUUCUUUAUCCAGAGAGACUCUGAGGAACUAAAGAAAGACUCGGAUCCUGUUGGCACAGAAGAAUUAACUACUCAAAAAAACCUGAGCAUGGAAGUGAAAAACAAAUUAUUUCCAAAGCCUGCGACAUCCGAUAGUUUGGAUGGUAUUGAUGAGUCUGUGCUCGCCCUCAUCCUCAGAAAUCCUAUUGCCGUCUGGGUAUCUUGUGGUGAACCAUUUCUACCUCCAAAGGCUUUGCAGGAAGCAGAAAAACUAGAGAGACAAAACUGGCUGAAGAAGGACAAAAUUUUGGCUGAUCUGGAGACCAUGAAACACAAAAUGAGACAAUUAAAAGGGAGGCGAGUAGCAGCAUGUCAGCCGGCCACCAUGGUCCCCACCAAGAGCCCUGUACAGCCGGUGGUGGUUGAAGGAGGCUGGACCAAGCAGACUCAAGAGGAAAUUAAACUCAUGGAACUUAUAAGUCAUACAGAGGCACACCUUUCUGAAGUUCAAGAACGGCAAUCCAAAAGGAAUUCUCCAGUGGCGUCUGCAGUCAAGCAGAGUAGGCUGUAUCAGCAACCCGACACAAAACGAGUGUGGAUUUACCUAAAUGGUGGCCGACCCAAAGACGGCACUUAUGCCUGGGGCAGAACUAUUGCAGAGCUGCUGGAUAACUGCUCCUCUCGUCUCAAAAUGGCCCACCCAGCCAGAGCACUGUACACCCCAGAUGGAGAGCCCAUUCAGUCAUGGGAUGACAUAGAGCGAGACAUGGUCGUCUGUGCAUCCAUGCGGCAUGGCUUUACAACCCAAAAAGAGUUAAAGUACCUGCUGCAGGUCAGAGCAAAUUAUGCCAGAAUCCGAAGGCAGCAGGGCCCUCAAGCCACUGACAUUGUGGUGUCGCCAUCCACAAAACUGCUAUCUCUGGUACGUCUCCACAAUUAA